UGUCCCCGUGGGCCUGGCUUCGCCAACCGUGGUGAUGUGCUCUCGGGACGGCCCUUCUACAAAGAUGUGAACGAGUGCAAGGUGUUCUCCGGGCUCUGCACCCACGGCACCUGCAGGAACACCAUCGGCAGCUUCAGGUGCAUCUGCGGCAACGGCUUCGCUCUGGAUGCUGAGGAGAGGAACUGCACAGACAUCGACGAGUGCCGCAUCUCCCCCGACCUGUGCGGCCACGGCUCGUGCGUCAACACCCCGGGCAGCUUCGAGUGCGAGUGCUUCGAGGGCUACGAGAGCGGCUUCAUGAUGAUGAAGAACUGCAUGGACAUCAACGAGUGCGAGCGGGACCCGCUGCUGUGCCGGGGCGGGAUCUGCAUGAACACCGACGGCAGCUUCGAGUGCAUCUGCCCCCCUGGGCACGAGCUGACAGCCGAGGGCAACACCUGCAUUGACAUCAACGAGUGCUCCCUCAGUGACAACCUCUGUCGCAACGGGCGCUGCGUCAACGUCAUCGGCACCUACCAGUGCUCCUGCGACUCUGGAUUCCAGGCCACGCCGGACAGGCAGGGCUGUGUGGACAUCGACGAGUGCACCAUCACCAACGGGGGCUGUGACACCCACUGCUCCAACUCCGAGGGCAGCUACGAGUGCAGCUGCAGCGAAGGCUAUGCCCUGAUGCCAGACAAGAGGUCCUGUGCAGAUAUUGAUGAGUGUGAGGAUAACCCCGAGAUCUGUGACGGGGGGCAGUGCACCAACAUCCCCGGCGAGUACCGCUGCCUCUGCUUCGACGGCUUCAUGGCAUCCCUGGACAUGAAGACCUGCAUUGAUGUGAACGAGUGCGACCUCAACCCCAACAUCUGCCUGCACGGCGAGUGUGAGAACACCAAGGGCUCCUUCAUCUGCCACUGCCAGCUGGGCUACUUCGUCAAGAAGGGAACCACAGGGUGCACAGACAUCGACGAGUGUGAGAUUGGGGCCCACAACUGUGACAUGCACGCCUCCUGCAUCAACGUCCCCGGCAGCUUCAAGUGCAAGUGUCGCUCGGGCUGGCUCGGGGACGGGCUCAAGUGCAACGACCUGGAUGAGUGUGCAACUGAGGAGCACAAGUGCAACCUGAACGCCAACUGUGUGAACACGCCCGGCUCGUACCGCUGCGCCUGCCGCGACGGCUUCAACGGCGACGGCUUCUCCUGCUCAGACGUGGAUGAGUGUGCAGACAACGUGAACCUGUGUGAGAACGGGCAGUGCCUCAACGCCCCUGGCGGGUACCGCUGCGAGUGCGAGAUGGGCUUCAACCCCACCGAGGACAGCAAGGCCUGCCAGGACAUUGAUGAAUGCACCUUCCAGAACAUCUGUGUCUUUGGCACCUGCCAGAACCUGCCCGGGAUGUUCCGCUGUGCCUGCGACGAUGGAUAUGAGCUGGACAGGAGUGGGGGCAACUGCACAGACAUCAACGAGUGUGCAGACCCUGUGAACUGCAUCAACGGGCUCUGUGUCAACACCCCGGGCAGCUACCUGUGCAACUGCCCCCAGGACUUCGAGCUGAACCCCACGGGGGUGGGCUGUGUGGAUACCCGCGUUGGGAAUUGCUUCCUGGACACGCAGGACCGAGGGGACGGGGGCAUCUCCUGCAGCGCCGAGAUCGGCGUGGGGGUCACCAGGGCCUCCUGCUGCUGCUCCCUGGGCCGUGCCUGGGGCAACCCCUGCGAGCUCUGCCCCCCAGCCAACACCACCGAGUACAAGACCUUGUGCCCUGGGGGAGAAGGGUUCCGGCCCAACCCCAUCACUGUCAUCCUGGAGGACAUUGACGAGUGCCAGGAGCUGCCAGGGCUGUGCCAGGGCGGGAAUUGUGUCAACACCUUCGGCAGCUUCCAGUGCGAGUGUCCCCUGGGCUACUACCUCAACGAGGACACCCGGAUCUGCGAGGAUAUUGAUGAGUGCUCUGCCCACAUCGGGAUCUGUGGCCCUGGCACCUGCUACAACACCCUGGGCAACUACACCUGCGUGUGCCCACCUGAGUACAUGCAGGUCAACGGGGGAAACAACUGCAUGGACAUGAGGAAGAGCGUUUGCUACCGCAACUACAACGACACCUGCGAGAACGAGCUGUCCUUCAACAUGACCAAGAAGAUGUGCUGCUGCUCCUACAACAUUGGCAAGGCCUGGAACAAACCCUGCGAGCCCUGUCCCACCCCUGCCAGCCCCGAGUACCAGAUCCUGUGUGGGAACCAAGCCCCUGGAUUCAUCAUUGACAUCCACACAGGGAAACCCAUUGAUGUGAACGAGUGCUCGGAGAACUUGGGGGUGUGCAUCAACGGCGCCUGCAUCAACACCGACGGCUCCUUCCGCUGCGAGUGCCCCUUCGGCUACAACCUGGACUACACCGGGGUCAACUGCGUGGACACGGACGAGUGCUCCAUUGGCAAUCCCUGUGGGAAUGGUACCUGCACCAACGUGGUGGGAGGCUUUGAGUGCGCCUGUGAUGAGGGCUUUGAGCCAGGGCCCAUGAUGACCUGUGAAGACAUCAACGAGUGCUCCCUGAACCCCCUGCUCUGCGCCUUCCGCUGCAUCAACACCUUCGGCUCCUACGAGUGCACCUGCCCCUCUGGCUACGCCCUGCGCGAGGACAGGAGGAUGUGCAGAGAUCUGGACGAGUGUGCAGAGGGGCUGCACGACUGUGAGUCCCGGGGGAUGCUCUGCAAGAACCUCAUCGGCACCUUCAUGUGCAUCUGCCCUCCUGGCAUGCAGCGCAGGCCCGACGGCGAGGGCUGCACAGUCCAANUGGGCUCCUUCCAGUGCCUGUGCCAGGAGGGCUACGACCGCACCCCCGACGGCAAGAACUGUGUGGACAUCAACGAGUGCGUGAGCCUGCCCGGGACCUGCUCCCCUGGCACCUGCCAGAACCUGGAGGGCUCCUUCCGCUGCAUCUGCCCCCCUGGCUACGAGGUGCAGAACGACAACUGCAUUGACAUCAACGAGUGCGAGGAGGAGCCCAACAUCUGCCUCUUUGGGACGUGCACCAACACCCCCGGCAGCUUCCAGUGCGUGUGCCCGCCCGGCUUCGUGCUGUCCGACAACGGCCGCCGCUGCUUCGACACCCGCCAGAGCUUCUGCUUCACUCGCUUCGACAACGGGAAGUGCUCGGUGCCCAAGGCCUUCAACACCACCAAGGCUCGGUGCUGCUGCAGCAAAAUGCCCGGGGAGGGCUGGGGAGACCCCUGCGAGCUGUGCCCGCAGGAGGGCAACGAUGAGAACGAGUGCCGCAGCAAGCCGGGGAUCUGCCCCAACGGGCGCUGCGUGAACACGGCCGGCAGUUACCGCUGCGACUGCAACGAGGGCUUUGAAGUCAGUGCCUCGGGCACCGAGUGCAUCGACACCCGGCAGGGCUUCUGCUUCACGGAGGUGCUGCAGACCAUGUGCCAGAUGUCCUCCACCAACCGCAACCUGGUCACCAAGUCCGAGUGCUGCUGCAACAGCGGGCGCAGCUGGGGCCCCCAGUGCGAGCUCUGCCCCCUGCCUGGCACUGCCCACUACAAGAAGAUGUGUCCCCACGGCCCUGGCUACUCCACGGAUGGCAGAGGUCGCAACGAGUGCCAGGAGAUCCCCAACGUGUGCAGCCACGGCGACUGCGUGGACACCGAGGGCAGCUACGUCUGCAUCUGCCACAACGGCUUCAAGGCCACCGGGGAGCAGACCAUGUGCAUGGAUCUGGACGAGUGUAACCAGUCCCCAAAGCCCUGCAACUUCAUCUGCAAGAACACCGAGGGCAGCUACCAGUGCUCCUGCCCCCGGGGCUACAUCCUGCAGGAGGAUGGCAAAAUCUGCAAAGACCUGGAUGAGUGCUCCACCAAGCAGCACAACUGCCAGUUCCUCUGUGUCAACGUCAUCGGGAGCUUCAACUGCAAGUGCCCCCCUGGCUUCACCCAGCACCACUCGUCCUGCAUUGACAACAACGAGUGCACAGCCCAGCCCUCGCUGUGUGGAGCCAAGGGGCAGUGCCUGAACACCCCGGGCAGCUACAACUGCGAGUGCCAGAAAGGAUUUUCCCUGGACAGCACCGGGGUCAACUGUGAAGAUGUGGACGAGUGUGACGGGAACCACCGGUGCCAGCACGGCUGCCAGAACGUGCUGGGCGGGUACCGCUGCGGCUGCCCCCAGGGCUACGUGCAGCACUACCAGUGGAACCAGUGCGUGGAUGAGAACGAGUGCUCCAGCCCCUCUGCCUGCGGCUCUGCCUCCUGCUACAACACCCUGGGCAGCUUCAAGUGCGUCUGUCCCUCGGGCUUCGACUUCGACCAGGCCUUCGGGGGCUGCCAGGACGUGGACGAGUGCUCGGCCGGGGGCAGCCCCUGCAGCUACGGCUGCUCCAACACGGACGGGGGGUACCUGUGCGGCUGCCCCGGGGGGUACUUCAGAGCAGGACAGGGGCACUGCAUUUCUGGCUUGGGGUUUGGGAAGGGUCCCUACCUGCCUGCGCCCCAGGAGGAGGAUGAGGACAACCUGCUGUCCCCCGAGACGUGCUACGAGUGCAAGAUCAACGGGUACCCCAAGAGGGGCCGGCAGCGGCGCAGCGUCAACGGCACCGAGAGGCACCAG